GAGGCGGCGCGAGGGCGGCGGCGGCAUGGCGGGGCUGGAGCUGCUGUCGGAGCAGGGCUACCGCGUGGACGGGCGACGGGCCGGCGAGCUGCGGCAGAUCCGCGCCCGCAUGGGCGUCUUCGCGCAGGCCGACGGCUCCGCCUACCUGGAGCAGGGCAACACCAAGGCGCUGGCCGUCGUGUACGGGCCCCACGAGAUGCGCGGCUCCCGCAGCAAGGCGCUGCACGACCAGGCGCUGGUCAACUGCCAGUUCAGCAUGGCCACCUUCAGCACGGGCGAGCGCAAGCGGCGGCCCCACGGCGACCGCAAGUCCAGCGAGAUGACGCUGCACCUCAAGCAGACCUUCGAGGCCGCCAUCCUGACGCAGCUCUACCCGCGCUCGCAGAUCGACAUCUACGUGCAGAUCCUGCAAGCGGAUGGUGGGAACUACUGCGCCUCCGUCAACGCCGCCACGCUGGCCGUCAUCGACGCCGGCAUCCCCAUGCGGGACUACGUGUGCGCCAGCUCAGCCGGCUUCAUCGAAGACACGCCGCUGGCUGACCUGAACUACGUGGAGGAGGCCUCAGCCGGCCCCCAGCUGGCCCUGGCCCUGCUGCCCAAAUCGGAGCAGAUUGCGCUGCUGGAGAUGAACGGCCGGCUGCACGAGGACCACCUGGAGCGCAUCAUGGAGGCCGCCAGCAAGGCCUGCAAGGACGUCCACGCUGUGCUCGACCAGGUGGUGCGGGACCAUCUGCAGGAAGUCACUGCGCUGAUGGGCAAGUGAGACCCGGGCCCCUCGCCGAGGGGGUGCAGGUGGACGGACGGAGCAGGUGGCUCUCCAGGUGCAGCAGGCGGUGGUGCCUCUGCCCACUCACGGCAGCAGCUGAUCACCACCCUGGGCUCGCUCCCACGAGACGUGGCAGGACAGGAGAGUGGAUGUGGCCAGGAGAAACCUUCCCUCCCUGAACUGCCCCUCUCUGCCCCCGCUCCUACUACCUUGGUGGGAGGAGUGUUUCUGUAUAUACGUGUGGUGUGCC